AUGACGCAACAUCGACCAGAUGGGGAUGUCUCCCCCAUGGACAUCAGUCCUCGUUCAGUUUCCCCAGAGAACCCGAAUCUCCAACCUGGUCCCCCAUCUGUUUCCAAAUCAACCUCCGAUACUCUCCUACCUCCUGUCGGUCUUAAGAUCACAACCUUGUCAAACCCUCCAGGGUCGACCAAAGAAACGAAGCCAGCUCCAAACGAAUUGGCUUCCGGUCACGGCAAGGCACCUUUAUCAGCCAUACCGAGAUCCACCCCAGCUUCAACCAAGUCGCUCAAGGACCAUGGCAUCAGCGACCGAGACUUUGGCCUGGCCGUUGACGGUGACGGACAAGACAAUAGUCAGGCGCCCUCGAGGCCGAGCAUACAGUUCACCCGCCCAGAUGGCGUCGAUACACCUCCAACAUUUAUGCGAGGUAAUUCAUGGGAAGAGCCAGAAACCCCAGGCAAAUCUCGUGGUGCCUCAUUGAUGUCCAAACUCAAGGCUCUCACCAACAAUAGUGGCGUGUCGACACCAAAGUCAUCUACUGUAGCUGGACCUUUGAGUCAAGGCAAUCAAUCAAACAUCAACUCUCCGACGCGACCGAGCCGUGGAAUCCCUGGUACUUUGACAGAGGAGGACACUGACGCCGAUGCCGACGCCGAGGAAACAGCCGAUGAGGGCAGCCCCGGAGACGGCAAAUCAAAGAAAAAGAAACAGAAGAGGAGGAUGCGCCGCACAAAGAAGGCAACCAAUUCUACACCCGGAACGCCUCGGCGCUUUGUGAGCGACAUCGAUGUGUUGGAGAGCUUCGACCAGCUGGUUAAGCGCCGUGCAAGUAUGCCCGAUACAACUGUCCCUGAGUAUGGUGUCUCUGAAGGCGAAGGCAGAGACCGCUUGGGCAUGGCUUUCCGUAGAGGAAACUCUUGGAUGACUUCGGCUGUGCGACACCAUGGCGAGGAAACUGAUGAAGUCGAGAGCCCUGGAGCGGUCGGACGACGAACAGGUCAUGUCCGCCGAAUUACCGUUUUUGGUGGUGGAGGGGUUUCGGAUGGUGAUGCUAUGACACCUCGACGUCCCUUCUUCACUUCUGAACGUGCGUCUACUUUCGGUGCUCAGAAGUGGAAGCAAGUCAAGAACACACUCAAACUCCUUCGACAGAAGAAAGAAGACCGUUUUGACUAUUUUAAAUCGGCUGAGUUGAUGGCCGAACUAAGGGCUGGUGCUCCUGCCGUUCUUAUGCUUGCUAGCAUGAUACAAAGAGAUGAACACGGGAAUAAGAGGAUCCCGGUUCUUCUUGAGCAGCUCAAGCUUCGCAUUACCGAUAGCUCUCCCAUGGAGGAUGACGACAAGGACCGACACUGGCUAUUCACUAUAGAACUGGAAUAUGGCAGCGGACCGAGUAGAAUGAGUUGGACUGUAACUCGAACGCUUAGAGAUAUCUACAAUCUACAUUUGCGUUACAAGUUUGCUAUCAACAACGACAAGUACAUGCCAGGGCGCAUGGACUUGGGUGGCCGGCCGAAGCAACCCAAAUUUCCAUAUUCGGCCUUCCCCUAUCUUCGCGGUGCUCGCAAGAAGGGAGAAGAAAGCGACGAAGAAGACCAAGCCAGGGUUCGCGGAGAAGAAGAGACAGCUGGCGAGGGUACAGCAACUGAAGCAGCAGGAGACGGCAUUUUCAGUGACCACGAAAAUCCCGGUGGCCUCCCACGAAGGAAGUCUCGCAAUUUCCUGGGAAUGGGCCCGAGGCGCAGAUCCACAGGCAUUACCGAUCCUGGGGAUAUGUCCAACCCAGAGGGUCCAGGAAUGCCUGCUAUGGACAUGGCAACGAGGAGACAACGUUAUGUUGAGAAGCAACGGCGUAUUCUUGAAAAGUACUUGUCUGAGAUGAUCAGAUGGUUAAUGUUCAGAGCUGACAGCAACCGACUCUGUCGCUUUCUCGAACUCUCGGCACUUGGCGUUCGCCUCGCCGCCGAGGGUAGUUACCACGGAAAGGAGUGUUACCUUCAUAUCCAACCUUCGAAGGGUCUAGACUUUCGCCGUGCUUUGACACCAGCCAAGGUUAUCUCUCGACACAGUCGGAAAUGGUUCCUUGUACGGCAGAGCUAUAUCGUCUGCGUAGAGUCCCCCGAAAACAUGAACAUUUUUGAUGUGUACCUAGUCGAUUCGAAAUUCAGUAUUUCCUCGAAGCGAAGUAAGGUCAAGGCGAUUGGCUCCGCUGAGAAGAAGGCUGAGAUCGAUUUGACCGUGGAGGCACCCCCUGACAAACAUCACACUAUGACCCUUCGCUCAUCCGAACGCAAGGUCCGCCUCUUCUCCCGCAACCAAUCUGUGAUGAAGCAGUUUGAGGACUCCAUCAACCAGAUGCUCAAGCAAACACCAUGGUAUCAGAACAAACGAUUUGACAGUUUCUCUCCUGUGCGAAAUCAUGUAUUUGCCCAAUGGCUCGUCGACGGCCGCGACUAUAUGUGGAACGUUUCUCGAGCUAUCAAUAUGGCCCGCGAUGUUAUUUACAUCCACGAUUGGUGGCUAAGCCCCGAGCUGUACAUGCGCAGACCAGCAGCUAUCAGCCAGAAAUGGCGACUGGAUAGACUGCUGCAGAAGAAAGCUAGAGAAGGGGUUAAAGUCUUUGUCAUAGUAUACCGAAACGUCGAAGCUGCCGUUCCGAUAAAUUCCGAGCAUACCAAGUUGUCAUUGUUGAACCUCCACCCUAACAUCUUUGUACAACGGUCCCCCAACCAAUUCAAGAAAAACCAAUUCUUCUUCGCUCAUCACGAGAAGAUCUGCAUCGUGGAUCACGAUGUAGCCUUUGUUGGAGGAAUUGAUUUGUGCUUUGGACGAUGGGAUUGUCCUCAGCAUCCUAUCGUCGACGACAAACCAACUGGAUUUGAGAUGUCUGAGACACCUAAGGAUGCAGAGCAUUGCCAGUUAUUCCCCGGAAAGGACUAUUCAAAUCCUCGAGUGCAGGACUUCUUCAGGCUCAACGAGCCGUAUGAGGAAAUGUACGACCGAAGCAAGGUACCUCGCAUGCCCUGGCAUGAUGUUGCUAUGCAAGUUGUUGGCCAGCCUGCAAGAGACUUGACGCGCCACUUCGUCCAGCGUUGGAAUUAUCUUCGCCGAGGACGGAAGCCUACACGCCCGUUACCGUUCCUGCUCCCCCCGCCGGACGCUAAUGUAGAUGAGUUGAAGGAGCUGGGUCUAACUGGCACUUGCGAAGUCCAGAUUCUCCGAUCUGCCACCACUUGGUCAUUGGGGAUCGAACAGACUGAGCACAGUAUUCAGAAUGCAUACAUCAAAAUGAUCGAGGAGUCAGAUCAUUUUGUCUAUAUGGAAAACCAGUUUUUCAUUACCAGUACUGAGGCAUAUAACACCAGAAUCGUGAACCGUAUCGGCGACGCUCUUGUUGAACGAAUCAUACGGGCUCACGAGAAUGAUGAAGACUGGCGUUGCGUUAUUGUUAUUCCUCUCAUGCCUGGGUUUCAAAAUACAGUCGAUGAGCAGGAGGGUACAAGUGUUCGCCUGAUCUUGAUGUGUCAGUACGCUAGUAUUUGUAGAGGCGAACAGUCUAUCUUUGGCAGGCUUCGAGCCGUUGGCAUUGAGCCGGAAGACUACAUCGCCUUCUACUCGCUUCGUCAAUGGGGAGUCAUGAGUAACGAUGUCCUUGUCACCGAGCAGCUCUACAUCCAUGCCAAGACAAUUAUCGUUGACGACCGUGUCGCCCUUAUCGGCUCCGCCAAUAUCAAUGAACGAUCAAUGCUUGGCAGUCGUGAUUCGGAGUGUGCUGCGAUCGUUCGAGAUACUGAUAUGAUCAACUCGACAAUGGCUGGAAGACCUUACCAAGUUGGCCGCUUUGCUCACACACUCCGACUCCGACUGAUGCGAGAACAUCUCGGCCUCGACGUUGACGAAAUACUUGAGCAAGAGCGCCAGGCAGAGCUGGACCGUCAAGAUUUUGAGAAAGAGAUGGAGGAUAUAUAUAACGAAGAGAAUGGUGGUCCUGCCGAUUCCUCAAAGCUUUCACCGAAACGCCCCGAUCACCUACGCAUUCCAAGUAUCAACCAUGAUCUAGAUGCUGCAGUUGAGAUUAAAGACGACAGUAGCAGCAGCAGCAGCAGCAGCAGUAGCGACAGUAAUGCAGAAGUGGAUAGUACUGUCAUCAAUCAAGCAGAGGAUAAGGUGAAGCAUGAGCUGGACGUUACCGGUUAUGGGCCUGACCGUUGGAAGACUGCCGAGAAAUCUGGCCUUGAUGCCGGCCGCGAUUCUGUUAUCAUCAACGGACGCGAAGUCCUUGUUAGCAAUAUCAGUAAUGAAGGCAAGGGAACACUGCAAUCACCCAAGGAAACACAGUCACACAUUCCCCAGCCCGAUAAUCGAUAUCUGGACCCAGGAAACCACAACGACAGCCUCCCCCCUGUGCCAGCUCUAAAUCGUCGCACUACAGAUCAACUUGGCCUGCCCCGUCCCGCACAGCUGCCGUCUUUGCCGAUAAGCGACGAUACUGACAUUGGCGGCCCUCCACUACAUCUCGAUCCUGAAACGGGAAAACCGGUUAAUGGAGUUUUCCAUCCGGUGGCCGCAGAUAUUCAUUUAGCACACAUUGACAAAGACUGUAUGGUAGAUCCAGUCAACCCCAACUUUAUUGACGAAAUUUGGAACCGGGCUGCUCAAAACAACACGAAGCUCUACCGCCGAGUGUUCCGUUGCAUGCCGGAUUCCGAAGUGAGCACUUGGGCAGAAUAUCGAGAGUACACGACCUACGGCGAGAGGUUCCGGGCAAGCAUGGAAGGUGGCCGAUCAAGAGGUGAAGACUCGGAAUUUCCUCCAUCCUCGAGACAUCGUGGAUCCACUGCGGGUGGUGUUGGUGUUAGUGCACCAGGACCAGAGGUGAUGGCCAAGGCCGUUGAAACUGAAGCGGAGAAGGCAAUCGGAAGAAUGGUCGAGAAGCUCCCUCUUGGCCACCAUGAGGAGGAUAGAAUCAAAAUCGUCAUUCCUGACGAGAGCCAGCGUGAUGCUGAUGAAAAACAAGCAAUGAAAGACGGCGAUGCUAUAUCAUCACGACCCACCACUGGGCUGGAGAAUGAGAAUGGUCCUGAUGCACAUCAACAUACAGAGGCACCAUCUCCAGUCUACUCGCCGGGAGACACCCCAUUCCCUGCCUUCGAUGGAGGCAGUAGUGGAAGAUACCUGGACCCGCAGACAGGUACCAAGGACAGAGAGAGGCGCACUACUUUUUCGACGCUCGAGAAACCAUCCUCAAGAGAUACUAAUGCCCCUCCACCGGGGCAGUUUGGCUCAGUGAAACGCAGACGCCGUGCAACUACUAAGAACAGCCGACGUGGUUUUAGUAUUGACGACAUGCCAUCACGGGGGCAGGCUGAAGAGCUUUUAAAUAUGGUCCAGGGCACUAUCGUGCAGUUCCCUUAUGAUUGGCUCCUUACGGAAGAGCAAAACGGGAACUGGGGUUACCAAGUCGAUGGCGUUGCCCCCUUGGCAAUUUAG